CAUUUUUCAAAAUCCAUUGACGAAACGCCACAACUAUUCCACUUCUUUCCUUACCGACAGGAAUCACAGUCAGUACUGUACAAGUCGCCAUGAGUGCCAACGUCGUCGAAGACGCGGAAGUAGCCCUGCCGGUCGCGGACCUGGGCGACGAAGCGGCCUUCGCCGUGGACGAGGACGGGGCCAACGCAACGCCACCGAACAAGUGGAGCAAGAAUGGUUUCGGGGCGGAGGUCGAGAAGCAAUCGGGCAAGUUUUCCAAAGACGAAAGCGAGCUAGUGCGCAAGUCGGUGGAAGAAUUCUGUGCCGCUAAGCAGAUCUCGACGGCACGACUAUGUUCGGAAUGCGAUCACAAGGCGGAACUCAAGGGCGCUUGGAUGGAAAUUGCCAAGCAGCUUCCGCACCGUAGCGUACAGUCGGUCUAUCGUCAUGGCAUUCGUCAGCUGCACCCCUUUAAGAGAGGCGCUUGGAGUGAUACGGAAUGCACUCAGCUGGUAGAACUUGUACAGCGUUUGGGGAAGAAAUGGAGCUCGAUUCAGUCCAAGCUGAAUCGCUCGGCCGACUCUUGUCGCGACAAGUACCGAGAAAUGUCGGACGAAUACGUGCGGGGUCGUUGGAAGGAAUCCGAGACAGAGAUUCUGAAGCGUUUGAUUCGUGAGCACUUGAACGUCGAACCUACGACGGACAUGAAGACGCUGGGCAAAAUGGUAGAAGAUCAGAAUAUCCAGAUUCCUUGGAGUACAAUCAGCAAACGCAUGGUCAAGCGUAGUCGCCUCAGCUGCUUCAAAAAGUGGCAAAAGAUGACGGGGCUCUACUCUCCCGCGGACGAUUACAAACGUACCACCCCCACCAAGGCAGAUACAGGCGACGAGCCGGUGUUCAAGCGAGCAAAGGUGGAACAUUUGGAGCUGGAUGACGUCCCCAAGGCGGGGAUAGCGACGUCCGCCUUUCUGCAGGCUCCCACUGCGGGGGCAGCGGCAGCCCUCGCGGCGGGAAACGUCGUCAACGCGUCCGGCGAGUACGAUGAAAUCUACGAUUCUGCCAAAAUGGCUGACGAGACGGUCCAAGCUGUUGACUUACCGGAUACGGAUGUGUUGGUACCCGGAGCUGUCCGAGACUAG